AUGCCGCAACCAUUGAACUCCAAGGAUGCGUCCUUGUUUCGCCAAGUGGUUCGCCACUACGAGAACAAGCAACAUAAGAAGGGUAUCAAGACCGCUGAACAGAUUCUCAAGAAGAACCCGAACCAUGGCGACACCCUGGCAAUGAAGGCUCUUAUCAUGAGCAACAUGGGACAGCAAGAGGAGGCCUUUGUGCUGGCCAAGGAAGCACUGAAGAACGAUAUGAAGUCGCACAUCUGCUGGCACGUGUAUGGAUUGCUGUACCGGGCAGAAAAGAACUACGAGGAGGCCAUCAAGGCAUACCGGUUUGCUCUGCGGAUUGAGCCCGAGUCUCAGCCCAUCCAGCGGGACCUUGCGCUGCUGCAGAUGCAAAUGCGCGAUUACCAAGGCUACAUACAGAGCAGGAAAACUAUGCUCCAGGCUCGCCCCGGAUUCCGGCAGAACUGGACCGCUCUCGCGAUUGCACACCACCUAUCUGGGGAUCUCGAGGAGGCCGAGAAAGUGUUGACAACGUACGAGGAGACGCUGAAGAUUCCCCCGCCAACCUCAGAUAUGGAGCACUCGGAAGCCGUCUUGUACAAGAACACGAUUAUGGCCGAGGCCGGUAAGGUGGAGCAGGCGCUGGAGCAUCUUGAGAAGUUUGGACACAGAAUUUCGGACGUUCUUGCUGUGAUGGAGCUGAAGGCAGACUACCUUUUGCGACUGGACCGGAAGGCCGAAGCAGAGGCAGCCUACACCGCCCUCCUCGACCGGAACCCAGAGAACUCGCUCUACUACGACGCCUUGAUCCGGGCCAAGGGCAUUGCUAGUGAUGACCACAAAACCCAGAAGGCCGUCUACGAUUCGUGGGUGGAGAAGAACCCCCGUGGUGAUGCACCUCGCAGAAUCCCCUUGGAUUUCCUGGAAGGUGAUGACUUCAAGCAGGCUGCCGAUGUCUACUUGCAGCGCAUGCUCAAGAAGGGCGUUCCCUCCCUCUUUGCCAACAUCAAGUCUCUCUACAGCAACCCGGCCAAGCGCGACACGGUGCAGGAGCUGGUUGAAGGGUACGUCGCGACGACGUCCGCGGAAGGUCAGUCGGAUGCCGACAAGACUGAUUUCCUUUCUUCCUCCUACUACUUCCUCGCCCAACACUACAACUACUCCCUGAGCCGCGACUUGUCUAAGGCCAUGGCGAAUGUCGACAAGGCCAUCGAGCUGUCGCCCAAAGCCGUUGAGUAUCAGUUGACCAAGGCGAGGAUAUGGAAGCACUACGGAAACCUGGAGAAGGCGGCAGAGGAGAUGGAGAAGGCCAGGCAGCUGGAUGAAAAGGAUCGUCACAUCAACUCGAAGGCUGCCAAGUAUCAACUUCGUAACAACGAAAACGAUAAGGGCCUUGACAACAUGAGCAAGUUCACUCGCAAUGAAACUGUUGGCGGAGCCUUGGGCGAUCUCCACGAGAUGCAAUGUGUUUGGUACCUGACUGAGGAUGGUGAGGCCUACCUGCGCCAGAAGAAGCUUGGCCUCGCGCUGAAGCGAUUCCAUGCCGUGUACAACAUCUUCGACACCUGGCAAGAGGAUCAAUUCGAUUUCCACAGCUUCUCCCUUCGCAAGGGUAUGAUCCGUGCGUAUGUGGACAUGGUUCGCUGGGAAGACCGCUUGCGUGAGCACCCGUUCUACACCCGGAUGGCUGUUUCCGCCAUCAAGUCAUACAUCCUUCUCCACGACCAGCCAGACCUGGCCCAUGGACCGCUGCCCAACGGCUCUGCCGAUGACGACAACGAACGCAAGAAGGCUGUCAAGAAGGCCAAGAAGGAGCAACAACGUCUGGAGAAGCUCGAGGCGGAGAAGCGUGAGGCCAGAAAGGCAGCAAGCACAAAGAAUGUUGACGGCGAAGUGAAGAAGGAAGACCCUGACCCGCUGGGCAACAAGCUUGUUCAGACGCAAGACCCGCUCAAGGAUGCGACCAAGUUCUUGACUCCCCUGCUGGAGCUUAGCCCUAAGAGCAUUGAGGCGCAGAGUCUUGGGUUCGAGGUUUACCUUAGAAGAGGCAUGCGCAAAAUAUCGGAUCAACUAACCAAAAAUCCAGGUAAGCAUGCACUUGCCCUCAAGUGCCUCAGCGCAAUCCACGCCAUCGACGCAUCCCACCCGACUCUUCACGUCCAAACCCUCCGAUUCCGCAAGGCUUUGGAUAGCCUUUCCGAGCCGCUCGCACCUCAAGUGGCCGAGGUUGUCAACGCCGAAUUCGAGACCCUGCUCCCCAAGGGCCAAAACCUCGAGGAGUGGAACGACUCCUUCCUCUCCACCCACAAGGAGAGCGUCUCUCACCAACAAGCCGGCCUCACCUGCCGUCAGCUCUUGAAGCCCGACUCCAAGCCUCAGUGCGAACAGGAUCUCACCUCCACCCUCGAUUCCAAGGACAUCACCAUCGAGACAGCCCUUGCAGGUCUGGAGCUGCUGAACGAGUGGGGAAGCAACCAAGCCGCAAAGGCUGCUUAUGCCCAGAAGGCCAGCAGCAAGUGGCCUGAGGCCACCCUGUUCCGUGUCGACUAA